UGGCAGAAUCAGUCAGUGUGCGUAAUCCGUGGCAACUGGUUGUUCUCCCUCCCGAAGAAACACAAAACAUUACCAUAAGAUCAGCAGAGCUCUUGUUUUGCCAACAAAACCCUUCGUCUGCGCAACUAGUCGCUCUGAGACGUUUUUUUCCCAUUAAUUUUUUUUUCUAAUUUAUCAUCCGUGUGGGAAAACCCUUUGAGAGUUUCCCUUUUGUUGGAGAGAAGUAAAUUGGGAAAGACCUCUUGAAGAACUUUUUUAUAUAAAGAAAUUUUCGUGAUAAAAAAACCCAGUAUAAUCUUGAAAGAGAGAGAGAGAGGAAAGGAGUGAUCGCGAGGGGAGAAAAAUAGAAGAAAUUUAAACAUUCUGUUUGGAUGUGUGAUUAAAAGAAAAGAAGAGAAAAAAAAAUCAAAAAGAGAAUUUUUGCAAAGUGUGUCGAGUAUAUAGAGCUGCUGGCACACAGAAAGUAAAUAAUAAAGUUCGGAUAAUGCGAAAGAUCGCAAAAUUGAGAAAAUUCUACGAAAUCACCGGUACUGCGUGAUCAUCCAAAAAGAGCGAUCCAGCAGCCAAUAUUCGAGGGGUGCUGUGGGGGUACAUUUUGGAGCAAAACGAGAGAAGAAAGAUCCCUAUGAUCAUCCGGCAUACGUGAAGAUCAUCACUGUGUGCGACUGUGCGUGUGUAUUGGGAUUCUUUGUUCCUUUUCGGAAAUAAUCUUGCGCCGGGGUAAAUACAUAUAGCGAAGGAGAAGUAAGAGACGACCGAGAAGAUCCCUCUUUUUUCAAUAUAGAGAGAAUACCGAGCUAUUUAACCAGCAUAGCCAGGCGAACGCGAGCUAUGUUCUGAGGGAGACAUGACACAGUGAAUCAGUUCAAAACCAACUCUCCACCGAAGAGGAUCGCGAUGCUUAGUUCUUGAUCAGUUUGAUCGAAUUGUUUUUCUUCUUCUUCUGCACACCUUGCAAUCAGAGACAAUUUAAAGAGCAAAGAAAAAAAAUAAAUAAGAGUUAUGAGCUGUGAGACGAAAAUCUAUAUUUGAGCACUGUUUGACUACUUUAUCGCUCAUUUUGGAAGAAAGAAAAAAAAGCACAACAGCCGAGAAGUUUUUUUUUACCAACUUCUUUAUAUAAAUUUGCACGUAACACCGAGGCACGCACACAGAUCUCAGAGAUAUCUGUCUGUUUUUUUUUCGUGUCGCCCGUAAGAAUAAUAUUGCGAAAUUCACCGUGAAGCCCAUCACGAUUGAGCAGGAAGAUCUCGUGAAGAUCACCACAAUGAUGGACGAUCUGUACUGUAUGGAGUCCGAUGUGGAGAAUGAUGAUCUUCUGGAUAGUUCGUACACAACACAGGGGUACGAUAAGAGAUUGUACCACAUGCGAACAGCCAAGAAGGAUCCAACCUUCCUCACUGAUCGUUGCUUUGAGAAUCUCCUCAAAUCCGAAUCAGCACCUCAAAUUACCGGCUAUGCUGCAAAGGAGAUCACAGAAGAUAUGCGAAGGAUCGUCGCUACUUGGAUGCUUGAGCUGUGCGAACAGAGAAAAUGCCAAGAGGAGGUAUUCGUCCUAGCCCUAAACUAUAUGGAUCGGCAUCUAAGGAGGAAAAUUGUGCCCAAGACUAGUCUACAGCUUCUCGCCUCUGCCUGCCUCCUGCUGGCCAGUAAGCUGAGAGAGCCAAGUUGCAAAAGCCUCUCGGCGGAUGUUCUUGUCUACUUCACCGACGACAGUAUCACGAAAUAUGAGUUAAUUAAUUGGGAAUUGCUGGUGCUGAAUACGCUGAAAUGGGACAUCUCGGUGGUGACUCCUCUGGAUUUCCUCGAGCACAUUCUCACACGUCUCAACAUCAAGAAUUCCAUGAAUAUCCGUGUGGACAAAGUGCGAGAACACGCUCAGACAUUCAUCUCGAUGGCUGCACAAGAAAAUUUCUGUGAAUUCCUCCCCAGCACGAUAGCAGCUGCCAGUGUUGUUGUCUCCGUGAAUGGCCUCAAACGCGACAUGGUGCAUGAGUGCUAUUUAAUUCGUGAAUUAGUGGAUCGUAUUCUAAAGGGCAGCAUUACAGAGGAAGUACUUAACAAGUGUAUGGCACGAAUGGAGAAUGUUUACCAGGAGCAGAAGAAGCUGCUGUCGCCUGAGUACUACUACCACACCCCGCCCAAUAGUCCGUGUAUUAAAAUGCACCAAGGUGUACCAGGGACACCACAAAAGUGCAAAUCCGAAAGCAAUGGCACCCCCGUGGACAUUCAGGAUAUCAAUUUCUGAGCUGAAUGGGUCCACUACGCAGCAUUGGAAUUUAAACACCACCCCCAAAAAAACUCACUUGUGUGUUUGUUUGAAGCACAAACUCCCAUUGAAUGAGUUGUGUGUGUAUCUGUGUACAAGUAUAGUACCAGAUUGCGCCUUAAAAUAUGCAAAAAAAAACAACACAACAUGCAACUAUUCGUGGUUGUAGCCAUAUAAUAAAAAUUUUCAUAUUAAGUGCGUGGAAUUUGAGGCCAUAGGAAUGUACAUUAGGAGCACACACAGGUGAGAUUUUUGGUGUUAUCCAAGAGACAACGACGGACCUACAGACCCACUGCACAGCAUAAUGAAACUACAACAGGAGAGAGAGAGACCAGUGAAUUGUUGGGUGCUAAACAAAAGAAGUUAAAUGAAUGAAAAGGUACCUUAAUAUUGACCUACAUCCCCCCAGCCCUACCCCUAUGUUGCCUCCCCAAAUGACCUCUUAUUCCUUUGAAAUUUCUCUCAAUGCAACUCAUUCGAAAUUAAGAAAUUAAUAAAAUAAAAAUUCCUUUAAGAAGAAAUAUAAGUCUCUGUUCAAGUCAAAUGGGAUGUUCUGAAAGAUGAGAAAUAAGAAAUUAAAUAGUCUUCCUGCCCCUUAAAAAA